GUCAAUUAAAUUGGGCCGAUCGAUCACAAGUUUAAAGUUUCUGUUCUAUUUGUAAAGGUCGUGUUGGCCAUCCCAGCUACUUUAGGUGUGAACUUAUAAAUAAGAGCCUGGUUUAGGCUAGCUGUCGUCGGCAUCAUCAUCGCUUAUUGUGUUAAAAUUGUUCUAAAUUAUAAGAAAGUUGCUAAAGUGAGUUGCAUCCGACACAACCAUCUUCCACGAUGUCUGAUUCCGAAGAGAGGACUGAACGGCAAGAAGAUAUCAGUGAGGUCAAUGGCGACGAAGAAGAAGUGCAAUCAAAACCCUUUCAGCCAUGGUAUUCUGUGCAGAUAAAGAACGCCAGUAAAAAUGGUGAUAUUGUUAUGUUUGAUGUCACAACAACAAAGCUUGAACAGUGCAAAGAGGAAGUCGAAGUCGAACGACAGUAUGAGGAUUUUGAGUGGUUAGAGCACUGUCUCAGCAUACAGCAAGAUGUAAAAGGAGUUAUUUUUCCACCAUUACCUGAUCGACCAAUCGUUUCUGCUGCUGAGGCUGAAGCCAGAUCGAAAAAGCAACUUGGAACACAGAGUAAAAAUAUGAAAGGUGAUGAGUUCCACAAAGAUUGUCGUAAACUGGAGAAAUAUUUACAAGCUGUUGUGAAGCAUGAAGCUUUUGGAAAGAAUGAAGCCUUAAUGCAUUUCCUUACAAAAAAAGAGCCUCCAGUUCGUGCCAAAUUGAAAAAAGGAAUUUUAUCGAAUUUAUCAAGAGCUGUAGAUGGUGUGCGGAAGGGGGGGCACAAGGAUGUCGAUGAAACGUUCCAGAAAGAACGUGAACUGGCAAACGACAUGCUGAAAAUUACAAAAGAGUCUAGCGUUACUUUUGAUGUCAUGGUCAACAAUACGUGUCGAAUCUCGGCAGCAUAUAAUCAUUUGUCAACUGCAUUGUGUCUUGGAAUGAGCGCUGAAGAUAAUGGAGCUUCAGCCGUCAUCAAUAAACUGCAGGCUGAAUUUGCGAAGUCAAUAGACCACUAUGCCCACGGGGUGGAUGUGUUCUCUACAAAUGACGACAACACGUUAGGUUUCACUUUAGAGUACUACUCAAGGUAUUGGGAUUCUACCAAGGAAAUGUUGUUUCGAAGGACAUGUGCCUUAGUCCAGUAUGAAAACUGCUCAAAAACUUUAGAGAAAGCAAAACCACAGAAAAAAGCAAUGGCUGAGGCUGCCAAAGACGAUGCUGAAAAAGAAUUAAACUCAAUCUCAGAAGUAGCAAAAAAGGAGAUAGCCAAGUUCCAUCACCAACGCACCUUAGAUUUUCAAAAGUCGCUGAUUUUAUAUGCUGAAGCGAAGGUAAAGGCAGCACGUGAUGUGUACGCCCUUCUUGCCAAAGACUUGUCCACUAUUAAACAGAUGGACGUAGACUUUGACUAGCACUUUUAUUAGCUGAUUGACACAUUUAUGUUAAUUAAUUAGUUAAUUUAUUAAUUUACAUGAUUAAUGUCAUCACAUAAUGUUAAUUGAUUUGUUAAUUUAUUAAUUUACAUAAUUAUAGUUUUAUAGAUAUAUUAAUCUGAAAAAUAUCAGUAUAUAUAGGUUGAUAAAAUAAACCAAACCAUUGAACUUUCACCGCAAAA